AUCAAGCACAUGUACAUGUCGUGGGACCUGGAGGACAUGGAGAAGUACCGCAUGCAGUCCAUCCGCCGGGAGAGCCGCACGCGCCAGAAGGUGAAAGGGCCGGUGAUGUCCCAGUACGAUAACGUGGCCCCGCUGCUGCAGGAGGAACUGGGAGGACUGGAUGUGAUUCAUUUGCGCAGCAAAUCAGAUCCUGGGAAAACUGGCCUCCUCACUGUGGCGGAAGGGAAGGAGGGGAGGUACCCGGCCAAAGCGGCUACGCCUGAGGGGGACGAACGUUACUACCUGCAGCACCCUGAGCCAGAGCUGGACAGAGCCCACUACCACGGCACCUACGGGAACGGGCCGGCCGAGAAGCCGUCACUUCCCCAGAAGCAGAGCAGCAUCCGCAACAGGAAGCUGCACGAGCCGGGCUGCAACGCCAACGAACACCGGACGCACUUGCAGCAGGACGCGAGCCACAGGCAACCUUCCGAGCCCAAAAACGGGCCCCCUUACCCCGACUACAGGCCCAAAGGUGGCCCAGAGCCCUCCGAGCCCAUCGCUUACCAGCACUCGGGCGGGAAGUACAUCCCGGCGAGCCAGGAGCCCCUGAGACUGAACCACAAAGAGGUGAGGUUGGCAGAGGACAGGCAGGAUUUGGAGAGGUCUCGAGCCAGGCCAACCCCAUCCAUGGAGAAACACUCCAGAGACUGCUAUAAAGACGAGGAGCACGCUGCCUCUCCCAUGGCACCACCCCCCAAGCCCGAACGGAGCCACAGCCUCAGAAUGCAGCACCCCGAAAGCACGGAGAGGGACUCUGCCCUCCUCUACCCAUACCAAACCCUCGGGAAACGCCAAAGCACGAUGACUGUGGUGUCCCAGUAUGAUAAUUUGGAGGAUUACCAUACCAUGCCUCAGCACCAAAGAGGGGGCUAUGCUGGAGGAGGGGGGUUUGUGCCCCCCAGUUUUACCCACGUGCACAGUAGAACUUAUGCCACGGCCCUUGGCCAGGGAGCCUUCCUCCCGACGGAGCUGUGUUUGCAGAGGCCUGAAACAGAGGUCCACGUUGAGUGAGC